AGCUCUCCUUAAAGUGAGCUGGCAGCGGCUGGGCUUUCGUCUUUGUAAGGAGACCAACCGAGCUGCAGCGUCCCUUUGCAGGAGCCCCAAUGAAGCGCUCCUAGAGAAGAACCACGCUGGUCCUGCCUGUUUUUCGCAGAGCAAUACAGAUCAGCGUCAAGGGGAAAGUCUCGUUUUUUUUUCUAUAUGAGAUCUUGACUCUCCCUUCCUUUUUUCCCUAAGAAUAUAUUUUUAUAGACUUUGCUAUCAACAAAAAAUUAAUAAUAAUAAUACUUUCAACAUGGUGCUGGGGAAGGUGAAGAGUUUGACCAUCAGCUUCGACUGUCUGAAUGACAGCAACGUCCCCGUCUAUUCCAGCGGGGACACAGUCUCAGGAAGGGUGAAUUUGGAAGUCACGGGGGAAAUCCGGGUGAAAUCCUUAAAGAUCCACGCCAGGGGACACGCCAAAGUCCGCUGGACCGAGUCGAGAAAUGCGGGAUCCAACACUGCCUACACGCAAAACUACACGGAAGAAGUCGAGUAUUUCAACCACAAGGAUAUCUUGAUCGGGAACGAAAGAGAUGACGAUAAUUCUGAAGAAGGCCUCCACAUCAUUCAUUCAGGACGGCAUGAAUAUGCAUUCAGCUUUGAGCUUCCACAGACACCACUUGCUACCUCAUUUGAAGGCAGACAUGGCAGUGUGCGCUAUUGGGUGAAAGCAGAAUUGCACAGGCCUUGGCUUCUACCAGUAAAAUUAAAGAAGGAAUUUACAGUCUUUGAACAUAUAGAUAUCAACACUCCUUCAUUACUGUCACCCCAAGCAGGCACAAAAGAAAAGACUCUGUGUUGCUGGUUUUGUACCUCAGGCCCAAUUUCCUUAAGUGCCAAAAUUGAAAGGAAGGGCUAUACCCCAGGUGAAUCAAUUCAGAUCUUUGCGGAGAUUGAGAACUGUUCUUCCCGAAUGGUGGUGCCAAAAGCCGCCAUUUAUCAAACACAGGCAUUCUAUGCCAAAGGGAAAAUGAAGGAAGUAAAACAGCUGGUUGCCAACUUGCGUGGAGAGUCCCUCUCAUCAGGAAAAACAGAAACCUGGAAUGGCAAACAGUUAAAGAUUCCACCCGUCUCCCCCUCCAUCCUUGAUUGUAGCAUAAUCCGUGUGGAAUAUUCACUAAUGGUAUAUGUGGAUAUUCCAGGUGCAAUGGACUUGUUUCUUAAUCUACCACUUGUCAUUGGUACUAUUCCUUUACACCCAUUUGGCAGCAGAACAUCAAGCGUGAGCAGCCAAUGUAGCAUGAAUAUGAAUUGGCUUGGUCUGACACUGCCUGAAAGACCAGAAGCACCUCCUAGCUAUGCAGAAGUGGUCACUGAGGAGCAAAGACAGUCCAGCCUAGCACCUGCAGCUGUAUGCGACGACUUUGAAAGAGCGCUUCAAGGACCAUUGUUUGCCUACAUCCAGGAAUUCAGAUUUCUGCCUCCACCACUUUAUUCUGAGAUUGAUCCAAACCCAGAUCAGCCCUCAGAUGACACACCAUCCUGCCCCUCUCGCUGAAAGAAUGCUUCCUAAAAGUUGGUUUGGGUCAGGAUUGCAUUUUCACCAUGUUGAGGAUAAAGGCAGCCACGGAGACACACUUUACAAGGAAGGUGUUGCCUAAAAGGAAAGGUGAAAUAAUGAAACAACCUGUGAUUAUGCUUUUGAAGCCUACAGCAAACAUCAUAGGACUGCUCUUCAUGCUUGAAGAUCUGAGUUUCCCUCCCUGUUGUAUACUGGCACAUACUAAGAGCAGCCUUAAUAGCCUACACUCGUGUGUCAAAACACUCACCGUGUUUCAAGGGGGAUAACUUCCUCUUUUGAUUUGAAAAUUUGCACAUGCUCAAUGCUUUUGUUGUGCGGUUCAGUGUCACUACAGCUUUUUCUCAUUUAUGUUGGACUGUUGUUAACCCCUUCUAACCUGUUUGUGGUCCGCACAACAAGGAGCGAAAGAAAGCUUUUAAAACUUUAUGACAAAUGCACUGAUUUUUUUUAUUUAGAAAAAAACAAACAAACAAUAUAGUCUGGACUUUCCUGCAUAUGCUCAGAAUUGUCCCAGUAAGACUGAUUCAUGCAUCACCUCUUCAGCUUGGAUCCUGUUGUGGAUUUAUUACAAACAUCAAAUGCCUUCAAGCCAAUCCUUGCUGUAUGUUUUGCAGCCUACUGUAGUAGACAAGCAACAGAUAUGUGAGGCGAAAAUGAACAGAAAGAGGAAACCAAUAGGAGUCUUUGUCAAGAUUAUAUACAUUCUUGAUUCCUUUUUAAGAAUUUGUUGCCUUUCUACUAUUACCACAAAGAAGAAUUUUGUUACAGACUGCCUAAAAUCACUUAAUCUCAGGUGAACUCAUCACUUGCCAAAAUGUUGAAAUGCUAUUUGUGUUUAUGUUGCACUGCUGAGUUUUUUUUUCUUCCUCUUCCUGUUUUUGUUAUUUCAUUGUUUUAUUUGAAUGGGGGACUUGGAAAAGGGACAUACACAAAUUAAUACAUCCUAUUAUCUUCACAAAACACCAUCACCAAUAAGAAAAGUGGACAAAUGAAGAGUAUUUAGAAGAGCCGCAAGAGCUUAGCGCCCAACAUUUUAUCUGCCAAGAGUUACUGGAGAAAAGUUGUGUGUGGUUCAUGUAGGAGUUUCUUUGCAAUUGGGGUGAAUAGGGAAAAGUGAAUUUAUUUUUUUACAUAGGUAUCCUAUAACCACUUGCUUGCAUGGAAUAUCUGUAGUGUUCUUUUAAUCAGGGAUAGAGGGAGCUUUCUCUGAAAUAGACAUUAUUAUGUCUUAAAAGAUAAGAAGAAAAUAGCUUUCAAAAAGAAAAUCCCCGUGAGCACUAUUCAGAUUGCAUUCCCUCCUAGACGGAAGAAUCACACAGAACAAAGUUAGUAGCCAUUAGUAAUUGGCAGAGAACUACUUUAAUUUUGGAAUUCAGAGCAGGAUUCAGCCUGCAUUACAAGGAUUCAGUGGAUGAUGGGUGUUGGGGCUUUUGGCUCAAAUGCUAGCAUUUCGGCAUUAAAGAUAUUCAUUGACGCACAACUGUUCUCUUCAGAAAGAAACUUGUGACUGAUUCCUAUCAAAAUCAGCCAUGCUAAUGUUCCAAGUGACAACUUGGGUUAGUUGACCCACUGUGAUAACCAGAGUAAUGUAAAGGUUGCUUUCUCUGGGCUGGAAACCCUCUAAUUCAAAUCUUCCUUGCUGUUGAGGCUUCCAAACAACAGGAUAGGCUUUUCCAUAAGUGGCCUUUAAGAAAACAUGGACAGAAAUCCAUGUUUGAACAAUAACAGGGUGAAUAAACAGUAUACAAAUGAGUCACGUUUUAAGUGAUUCACUUAAAAGAGUUCAGCCUUCAGCAAGCUAACUACAUAUACUGGAUAACAAGAUAACAGAAUGAUGGAACAUUUUUUUUGCAUCUUUUCGAGCAAUUUUGUGAAUGUCCCUCUUCCGCAGAAUUUUUUAAAAAAUGUUUUAGUGAGAAAGUGGCAUAACAGGGCAUUUGGUGGUGUCUUUCGUUUAAAGGGGGUUCUGUUUUUUUGUUUCAACCAACUAGGGAACAAUUGCUGUUACGCAUAGCAUUACAUUUAUCACCACACAAUGGAUGUUUCCAUAUGAAGCAGGAUUGACCAAUAUUGUAGUAAUUGGCAUUACAUCACAAUAAUUUUGUGAUCAGACUAAAAGUUGUAAACACUAUGAAAAAAAUAGCUCUUACAAAAAUUUACUCUUUUGUGGCAUUACUGUUAUCUCUGAUUUCUGAAAAUAUUGGUCAAUUGCUGGACAUUGUAAAAUAUGAGGUUCAGAACUGUAGUCCAGUAUUUGAAAAUAUAAUUUUAAACAAAUAAGGGGGGGGGGCAGGUAAAUAAAAUCCAAAAUGUUAGAAAAAAACAAAGUGCAAUAUUUAAUGUUUGCUUUAUAGAUUAUAUUCAUUGGCUGUUUGUAUUAUAUUUUCCUUUUUAUUUUCUUCUUUUUUUAGUUUGGUGCUGAAUAUGUCCUUGUAGACUCUGUUUUGAAACAAAACAGUAUGUGGAAAACAAUUUUUUCCUAUUGCUCUUCCUUGUGGAUAAUAAACUCUUUUUUUACAAAACAAA